GCUCGCUCGCGCAUGCAACGCAGGCACGCCACUUUGGUCAGAGACCCCCUUUGCUCACGUCAAUGUCGGUAACUUGAAACUUCCAUCCACAAUGAAAUCAGAAUCGCAAAACUUUUGUUCCUCGUCCCAUUCUCGCGAACCCAAACUACCAAUGAUGAAGCUUAAGAAAAAGGAAAGCCCCUCGAUCCCCCACACCCUGCAUUUCCGGCCUUUUCAACUGCUCACAAGACAGCAUCAAAAAAGCUGUGCUCUCCCACCCACUCCUUGCAGCAGUGGAUCCAAAGGUCUCCCCGCGCAGCAACGAUUGAACGCAGCAAACGUAAGCAUCUUUCCGGUCUCACUCAAUCAAUACCUUUUUCCGCUCCAACUCCACCUUACGUCUUCGACUCGUCCACGCCAGACUCGUCGCCUGUUGCACUUCCUUGUACCCUUCCUUCUUGCGUUCUGUCGUCCUUCCGCUCCGCUUCGUUUCCGCCGCUGCGCUACACCACACCACUGCGUCAACAUCGCAGGCAUACCACAAUCUUCCACCCAUCCCCAUCUGGAGAGAAAAAGUCACAUUGCUGGCAAAUGCAAGUAUGGCACGUAACCCGCACUUUCCAUCUUUUGCUGGCCCAUCCGCACAUUGCAGGAAAUGCCAGGACCAUCAAGGCCACCCGGUUGCGAAGGAGCCGAACGCGGGAAACGCGCAGGUGUGCUUUGCAAAGUGGAUUAUCAACCGCGAACGGUCGUAUCCGCUGAGAGCAUGCGAGCUGCAAGUAGGAGGGAUGCGCGAAGCUGCGAUGCGCUUUAGAGCAAUGCGAUGGGAUUGCUUUUCUUUUCCUUCCUGGCUCCUCUGAUGGUCUUCAAUUUUUCAAUUUGCAAA